AUAAAAUGUUUUCAACAAAGCUGCUUUAUACGCAGCCAUUAAAAAAAUAUGUACGAAAUUUUAAAUCAAAUUUAAGACCAGUAAAAAUGGCCUAUAAUGUCUACGAAGGACCUAAUACUGACAAAACUUUACCACCAUUGAUCGUAAUGCAUGGACUUUUCGGUUCAAAACAAAACUGGAGGGGUAUAUGUCGCGAACUACAAACGAAAAUCAAACAGCGAAUUUACGCCGUCGAUGCGAGAAAUCACGGCGAAAGCCCACAUACAAAUGAACAUAGUUCAGCAAAUAUGGCUGAAGAUGUGGUGAAAUUUAUACGUCAAGAGGGUUACGCAAAAGCUUCAGUGAUGGGACACAGUAUGGGUGGGAGAGCGAUGAUGUACUUAGCUCUACAACAUCCCGAUUUAGUAGAACGUGGAGUUAUCAUUGACAUAUCACCGCUUUCAGUGCCUCAUAGUGUAUUUGAAAUGGAGGCUUUAAUGCUGGCUAUGAAAAAUAUAUCAGUAUCAAAGGAUUUAACUAUGGCACAGGGACGAAAAAUUGUUGAAAAAGAAUUAAUUGCUAUUGAUCCUGAAAUUGUUCAUUUUAUUAUGCUGAACCUUAAGAAACGUGAAAGUGGUGAAUUUUAUUGGGCACCUAAUAUAGACGCAUUACUUAAUAAUUUACGAAAAUUUUCGGAGUUUUUAGAACAUGUAGAUAAUCUAAAGCCAUUCACAAACCCAAUGGUUUUUGCCUGCGGAAACAACUCAAGUUUCAUGGAUCCUGAUAGUUGGCCAGAUAUUCAAAAGAUUUUUCCAAAUUCGAAAUUACACUGGCUUGACACUGGUCAUAUGAUACACAUAGAGCAGCCAGUGAAGUUUGUGAAUAUAGUGGCAGAAUUUCUAAAUCAAAAAAUUUAAAGACAAUAUAUAUUUUAUUUAAUUUUCAAACAAUUUAGAAUAAUAACAAAAUUUGUUAAAAUAAAUUAUUUCGUGGAAUAAUCAGUUUGGGUAAUAGUAAAUAUGAGCUUAGGCAAAUCAUCAGUUUUUAGUUAAUAUAAAUAAUUUAUCUAAAAAAAUGUAAUAGUCUAAAAAAAUAUAAUUUAAAUCUAUUUUUUGGUUUAUAUAACUAAUGUGCCAUAACGUGGCGUGGUAAAUGUCCACAAAACGAUUAUCAAAUCAAAGUCAAGUCAGACUUAACUGUGUUUUCUUGGGAGCGCAUAUGUAUAUAUGCUUGAUUCUUAUGUAAGGGAAAACACUUUAUAGCACAAAAGAGUAUAGAAAAAAAUGCCCAUUAAAAUGUUUAAAUUUCUUACUUUUUUUUUCUACCAAAAGUUGUCAAUAAUUUUCCAAUACAUUUUUAAGAAUGAAAUGUGUGUUGCCUUUUAAGCGAAUAUAAAAAUGCGAAUUCGCUCCAAAAAAACACAGUUUUUAUCAGUAAGUAAUAAUGAAUUCACACGCGAGUUUUGUUUGUAAUUUUAGCUGUCAUGCUUGUAAUUUUAGCUUUUCAAUUGUUGUUGUUUUCAAUGCAAAAUCAAAAUUUUUGACAGCUAAAAUUACAAAGAAAACUCUCGUAUGAAUUCAGCAUAAACUGCUCGCAUUUGCUAUUGAGUGCUCAGCCUCUCAAAAUUUAAGUUCCAAACAAAGCACAAAUUAAAACGUAAUCCACAAAAUAAUUUGUUUUGAAAUAUCUGACAGAAUAACAAAAAUAUUUUUUGAAACAACUUCUUACAAAUUAUUACGUUUUUAUUACAAUAUAAUAUUAAUAAACUUUGCAAAUGACACUUUUAUACAAUGU